CAGGAGGAAUGGCGGCAGGUGUGAGCGGCGUCUCAGGUGUGGUUCAGGUGGUGGACUCUCCUCUCCUCAAACAGCAGAUCGACGUGCAACGACUCGCCAUCAAGCAGCUGAAGAGUGACAACUACAGACUGAAGGCUGAGAAGAUGCAAGCGCAGCUGUCGUCUCUGCCGCCGCUGCAGCCAGUGAACAUGACGGCAGUGAAGGAGGCGGCUCCGGCUGGAUCUCUGUACCGCAGAACUGAUCUGCUGCUGAACAACCUGCUGAAGAUGAGCGCCGGCCUCAGAGUCGUCGACAUCAGCGGGAAAACCUCAGCGAGUGCGAGCGCUCAGCUGCUGGAACAGACGGCCAAGAUGAAGUCUCUGAGCGACACGCUGGACAAACUGAAGGCUGAAGUGUCGCAGCACAUUGUUUCGCAGCGGCCUGGAGCUCGUGUGUCGUCUGACUUCGCCUCGUUCCCCUCCGCCUCUUUCGUCAAGGCCAAAGCGGAGCAGCAGAGCGGCUCGGUGCUGGUGGGGAAGGUGAUGAUUCCCUGCUCUCGCGGCGCGGAGCAGACGCACUGCCUCGUCCUGUCGCAGAGGCAGCUGCAGUGCGUGCAUCACCUGCUCAUGACGUAAACAAUCCCACGCUCUCAGGAAACAUCCGGCGCCAAAGACGCAUUACUGUCUUCUGAUCCUCCAGCGCCUGAACACAGCCUUCAUCUUUCUGACAUGGGACAAAAAAAGUAAAGUAAUUGUGACUUAUCUCCCAAUUCUGACUUUUUUUUUCAGGGUUGA